UUCAUAUUUAUUAUUAUAUAAAAACCACAAAAAUAAGCUUAAACACCCCAUUUGUAGGAAUACUCACCAUGACAUUACACACCAUCUAAUGAGGUCCAUCGUUAAUUAUAAACAUGAACCAAAUGAUAUCCACUGUGUGAAAUCUCGCCUUGAUCUGAUUUUAACACGGUGUGCAAGGUUAAAAUGGCUUUAGAAGGUGAAUUUAGCACUCAUCACUGGCAUAAAAAUCCAGUGAAAUGCCUUUUAUAAUAGGCUACUGGCAGCUACAUAAGAAUUAUAGGCUAUUAGUCUAUCAACGUUUAGAUAAGGCGGCCUGGAAAGAAGGGGGGAAGAUACGAGUCGCCUAAUGGUGAAACUGAAUGUCGAAAUUUGAAGAUUAUCGACAGCUGUCGAGAGAACAUAUGACGCUUGCGGUAUGAAAUGCAUUUUCACACGUUUGCAUGUCCAGUAUAAUAUAUAUAAUAAUAAAAAUAUAAAAAGACUGAACACAUACUAAGAUACUAGCGUCGACUCUCUGGUAGCAUAUCUGUACUUCUAUAUUUUAAGUAGCGGAUUAGAAGCAGCUUGCGUUCGCAGGACACGAAUAUAAAGAGGAUUUUCCUGAUUAACACGAGUGCCACAAAACGGCCUCGUGACCCACUAAAGCCUUGCACGGCAGGAAACGAUGUGGCCAAUACGGCGUCCUUCAUGUUCUGGCAUAUUCUGACACCAAGGCUACAUUUGACUAUGGCAGAGUCAAAAUCAGAUUGGAUUACCGCAACAAGAAACCACGAAAAAGAAAAAAAAAAAAGAGAUAUUUGGUGUUCCUGAAUGAAUCUUGCGUAACACCAUACAGGCUGAUAUACCAAACCCAAACACACAUAUAUAAAAAAAAAAACAAAUUGGGGAAAACAGACAGAGACCAACGCAAAUGACCAAAUUCCAAAGAUGAAAUGUUUGGGUUAUAGAUUAACUUUGUCAUUUCAAUACACUAGUCUUGUGUUCCAACCUGAAUAUGCAAAAUUACAUUGCCAAAAAAAUUGUGGAAAAAAAAAAAAAAAAGCACGACAAUUUCCAUACCACAUACCGGUAUGUGUUGCAACAGUGUGAUAAAUUCACCAGAAGAUCAGGAACCUAAGCAAAAAAAAAAAAUCAAGUGUUCCUUAGUGCGCAAUCCUGGUUCUAUUUUAUCCUGCAUGCUUCACGUCAAAUGAUCCACUGAAUGGCUGACGAAUAAACAGCACCGAAUGUUCUUGAAAGGGGGAGAGAGAGAGCACAACAGAGGACUGUAUAUUCCCUUUGUGCUUGCUGAUUGAAAUGUCACAGUGUUUGAGGUUCUUUCUCCGACCUUAAAUGGUUAGAUAGGUGGGUGCAUUCAUAUCCCGUAGCCUACCCGUGGCACGCAUCCAAGCGCUCAGAUUACUGCUGUUUUAUUCUCUCGCUCUCUCUCUCGUGCCACAUGGUUUCCGCGGCUUUGCGCAGCAGCGUCGAGAGCGCCUUUUACGCAGAAGAUAUUACUGCUCAGAUAAGAGUGUUUUUAUGCAAUAUACUGGCUUCUCAAGUCCUUCUUAUGCACAUCUUGUGUUUGCUUGAGAACGCCACAGUUGCGUGUCGAAAGCAGAGUCAUUUGUAACAGCGACCGACAGCCUCGCCCAUGUAUGGCGCGGAAACCUUCAUUUCCCUCUAUGAUGUCCUUUGUGUGCAUGGACUAGCCAUUUUGAAAAUGAGAACAGCAGAGAAGCCAUUCAACAACAGGCUAUUUCUAAGGUCGCUUUGGACAUGGGUCAACAAAAGAGGUGUUUGGAAUACUGAUUUUACACCUUUAACGAUUACAAUAAAAUCCCCAUUAUAUAAAUUUAUAUUGAAAUAUUUGAUUAAAGUUUAUUUUGUAACUGUAUAUGAUAAAUGUGGUUUUAUUGUUAUAUUUUAAAUUCAAACUAUUCCCAAUUCCAUUUGUCAUACAUAAUGUCCUACAAACUAUUAACUUCUGAAAGAAAAGCUCUGGAUGAUAUUUUCUCUGAAUGAUGAAGAGCGACUGUAUUUUCUCUUGUCAUCCUGUUAGUGUCUUCAGGAAGAGAAAGAGAUUGUUUGCAUAUUGCAAUAUCUAAGAAGUGCCACAGGAUUCUCAGCAGUUUCAGUAGUGAGAGACUGCGUAGUUAGAAGUGUUAAAUGGUUAUUUCCCAAAAAACGAUGACAGAAAAAAAAUGGUUGUUUUUUCCUUUUAGGCGUUCCAAACCCCCUCUUUAAAGCAGUGUUAAAGGAUCCGAAGAUGGGAAUGAAAACGUUCCUGUUUCUUCAGCGUAUAGGCCUGAUAAAAAUAUUUCAACAAAAUGUUAAGGUUUGGCGAACGGAAUGGACAACAGCCAUCCUUUUUGCAGUUCGGGAGAGAAACGAAGUCCUCAUUGGAGAAGUUACAAGUUGAUUAUUGACCCAGCGUUAAAAAAGGGGUCGCACAAACUGUAUCGCUACGAUGGACAGCACUUCAGCAUGCCGAACCCUGGAAUGCCACCAGUGGAUAUCGUUAGAGACCCGAGAAUCGGUCGUCUCUGGACAAAGUACAAGGAAACGGAUCUCCCGGUUCCUAAAUUUAAGAUCGACGAAUGUUAUAUCGGUCGCGUGCCGCCGAAGGAGAUCACGUUCGCGAGAUUGAAUGACAACGUCAGAGAGGGAUUCCUCACCGACAUGUGCAAGAAAUUCGGAGAUAUCGAGGAGGUGGAAAUAUUAUACAACCCGAAGAAUAAAAAACACCUCGGAAUAGCAAAAGUUGUGUUCGAAAACGUCAAGGCGGCGAAAGAUGCUGUUCAGAAUCUGAACAACACUUCUGUCAUGGGCAACAUCAUCCACGUGGAGCUGGACCCUAAAGGUGAAAAUCGCCAGAGGUACUUCCAGCGUUUGAUCAAUGGAAGUUAUACUCCACUCACACUUCCAGUUGGUGGCGAAGAGGCUUGUGAAGUUUCUCCACGGAGCUUAGCCGAAGCCCUGCUGGCCUGUGAGCCCCUGCGAAGGCUGUCUGAAGGCAGUUCUUCUGCAGUCACAGGCACUGCUACACCAGUUGGCACCAACACACCCAUGUCCUUGGAUACAGCCUACUCCAGCCUGAGGCAGGAUACGCCCCAGUCCCAGGGUACCCCGCACACCCCACGCCAAUCGAGCACCCCAUACUCUCAGGACUCCAGCUACUCUAGCAGGCAGGGCACUCCGGCAUUCCAGCCUAACCGUGCGGAAGCCUCUGGAGGCUACAAGGCAAGGAGGCAUGAAACCAAAUUCCAGGACGCCUACAACCGCAGACCAGAACGGCAUUAUGUACAUGGCACAGGAGGGGCACAUCGCGGCAACGCAGAGCAGCCGUCCAGUUUUAAGCAACAUCAGCCACCUGAACCGCCAUCCCCUGCAUUUGCGCACACACCACCACCACCAGCAAAUUUCAAGACCGCUUUCUCUCCUUACCAGCCCCCAAUGCCCCCUGUGUACCCUCACACAGAAUCCCCCUUCUAUCAGCCCGUUCAGCAUGAAGUAGAUUACAGGAGAACCCCUCAAGCCCCUCUUCCUCCAGGCACCGACUUUACGCCUGUCAGAGACAGACCUGCGACCCCACCAAUGCCUGAGCUGCCCCCUACACCUGAGACCCAUCCAGCCACACCUCCGCCCUCCACACCUGAGACCUGCCCAUCACUAGGCACCCCCACCCAGGAGUCAGAGCGCAACAGCCUGGACUCCCGCAUAGAAAUGCUCCUGAAGCCGUUCUUGAACGAGCGUGGAGACUCAGACACUGAGGUGCGCAUGGAUGGGAGCCCAAUCUCCUCAUCCUCCUCGCAGCUCUCCCCCAUCCCGCCCCAUCGGCCCUCACGGCCUUCAAGCACUGGCCUGGAGGAUAUUAGCCCUACUCCAUUGCCUGAUUCAGAUGAUGAUGAUGAACCUAUCCUAGGUACUGCUUCUCAGCUGACGAACUCUAGGGCGAUGUCGCCUGCCAACUUCCACUGUAAAAGUGGUACAGGACGACCACGGACGCCCACAGACAAAAUGGACAUGGGCCAUCAGUCUUCGGGCGAAGACAUGGAGAUAUCUGACGAUGAGAUGCCUGGCACACCCAUUGCCAGUGGGGACUGUGCCAAAAGCAUUGUGGUCAACUCUGCCCUGUCUCCAAUGCAGUCCAUUUCCAUGCCCCCACCAGGGUUCCCCCCUCUGCCCCCUCCACAGGCUGGCUUCCCCCUGCCACCGCUUCCUCUUCCACCCCACUCAACCGUUCCACACCUGGCUGCCCCUCAUGCAUUGCUGCAUCCAUUGCACCCCUUUCCCCCUGGCAUGAUGCCCAUAAUGCAUGUGGACUUAAUGAGCUCCGUACCACAGUGGGGUAGCGUUCACAUGUCUUUCCAAAUGCAGACUCAGAUGUUAAGUCGUAUUGCUCAGAGCCAGCGAGCGUAUCCCUACCCCCACUUCAUGAGCGGUGACGCAGCAGGGGCUGCAGCUAGUGCCAUGCAGUUUGGGGGCCCAUACCAACCUCUGUCAAUGGUUCUUGCCCCUGCUGCCGGUGUAGGCCAUGAGCAACACUGGUCUCUGCCCAACGUACCCAAGUUUAAUCCUGCUGUCCCACCACCAGGAUAUGAGCCCCAGAAGGAAGACCCUCACAAAGCCACAGUGGAUGGAGUGCUUAUGGUUAUUGUCAAAGAGCUGAAGGCCAUCAUGAAAAGAGAUCUCAACCGUAAGAUGGUAGAGGUGGUGGCCUUCAGAGCAUUUGAUGAGUGGUGGGACAAACAGGAGCGUUCUGCAAAGGCUACACUUACACCUGUUAAGACAGGUGAGAGCAAGGAUGAGGAUAAAGAACGGGCCAAGCCUAUAUCCUCUAGUUUGCUAGAGAACUGGAACAAGGUUGAGAGUCUGGGCUUUGAGGGUAUGGGGCUUGGCAUUGGGCUGCGUGGUGCCAUCCGAUUACCAUCCUUUAAGGUAAAGCGGAAACAGCCCUCUGAGCCAACAUCAACAAAUGACAACAAGAGAGUAAGACUAUCCACACCUGUCGAUGAUGAGCUGGAGGAUGAAGAAAGAACAGAACUUUGCCCGGAUGGAUCCAGAAUGGAUGGCAGUGGUUCUGCUGCCAAGCGAAGGCCAGCCAGGCCUCUGGAGCUGGACAGUGAGGGUGAGGAGGAGGAAACCUCCGGUAAAGAGGAGUCAUCGCUGUCCGACCAUGAAGAGGAGCCAGGGGAAGAUGCUUCUGAGAGGCUGUCUUCCAGCAAGGAUAUCGAGGAAGAAGAAGACGAGGACAAAAAGAGCGAAUCAGAGUCAAGUGAGAGUGAAUCAUCAGACUCUUCAGAUGAUGAAGCCUCAAGUUCAUCGUCCUCCAAAUCUGGUUCGGAUUCCUCCGGGAGUGAGAGCUCAUCCGACUAUGAAUCAAGUUCAGAGGAGGAGGAGGAAGAGGAGGAAGAAGAGGAAAGACUAGUAGGAAUAGAGGAUGAAGAUGAAGUACGAACCUCAUCGUCAUCCUCAUCUUCCUCAUCCUCAUCCUCCAAUGAAGAGGAGGAUGUUGAUCUAAAAGCCCCCAGUACUCCCAUAGGACCUCCCCCAGAGGAGGAGACAACAGAGGCGUUAGAAGAGGCAGAGAUCGGUGGUACGUUGAGCUCCUGCAAACUUGGUCUUGAAGACAUUCGACCUUCAUCACCCAAAGGAGUGCCAGUGGAGGAACCUGAUAUUGACUUGGAGGGCCGUAUUCCAGUGCCCAAAGCUGAAACGAAUCUGGAGGAUGUUGGUAGCCUUCGGCCACCCACCCCAAUAGGUUCGUUUGGAGACAGUGAUCAGGACAACCGACCAAAGAUCCCCAUAGAGGAGGAAUUCCCCCGAACCCCUGGUCGUGAUGGCCCAGUUCCCUUAGAAUCAGAGGCCUCAAUCCCUCGGUCUCUUCCUGCCUCUUCCAUGCACCUGCCACUUCCCCUCAAUCAUGCCCUUGAAGCCCGUUCCUUUCUUCCACCCCCGGAGGCUUUGCCUGAUUUGCCUGUCCGUGGGCGAUUGCCUAUGGAAGAGGACAUCCCACACACGCCGGGCAGAGACCACAUGGACAGACCUCGAGGUUUAGGCAAGUCACAAAGCACUGAUACAGUUCCUGUCACACCAGGCAGUGAAACUCCACUAACAGGUAACAGCUUGAGCUCCCCGCACAUUCCUGGCAGCCCUUUCUCUUACCCUGCCCAAUCCCCUGUCCUCAGCGCUGGCAUCCCUCGUACUCCAGGUAGAGACCUUACUUUCACCCCAGCUUUCCCUGAAUCUGCUGCUUUAGCUGCAGGCCUUCCCAUUCACAGGAAGUCCUCUUCUGAGAGCUUUGAGGAGAAGUCUCUCUUCAAAGAGCCUCUGCUCAGCACCUCUCCUCAGGCCAGCCUACCUAACAAUGCAGCUUCCUCUCCUUUUUAUGGCCCUCCUCUUCAUGCUGCUUCAAUUCAGGAGCCAGCCAUGCCACCACAAGGCUCCUCUCCAUCUUCUGUAGAUACUUCCUCCACCUCUGCGCCAAAAGAUAUACCUGUUCCAAUGAUAGAUGUUCCUCUGCCUCUAGAUGCCACUCCACCGAAGAGGAAACCAGGCAGGCCGAAGGUUAAAAAGGGGUCUGUGUUUGCUCCCCAAGAUGCUCAAGAGCCUCCAGCUCCAAUGGUUGCCUCUUUGUCUCCAAAUCUACCAGUAAAUGACGUGUUCCAAGAGCACCCUUCAGAGACGUUCAAAGAAGCUGAUAGCGAUUCCACAGCUGUAGCCUUGGAGGAAGAAGACCAAACUCAGGCAGUCAUACCUCAUGAGGUGGAGGACAGGCUCUUCUAUGAGGAGGAACCUAUUCAGAAGACACGUCGACAGAGGCGGGGCUGGCAGGAGCUGUUAUUAUCCAUGCACUCCCCUGUGACAACACCGACCCAUCCCAGUUUCCUACCCCGCUCAGAAUUCGAGGAGAUGACCAUCUUGUAUGACAUCUGGAAUGACGGCAUUGAUGAAGAGGACAUGCUUUACCUUAAGAUCACUUAUGACAAGAUGCUUCUGCAGGACAAUGGUAAUGACUGGCUCAACGACACACUCUGGGUCCACCAUCCUCCCACCAAUGCGGUUAGUGUGCCAGGGGUGAAGCGGAAGCGGAGAGAAGAUGGCAUACGGGAGCAUGUCACUGGCUGCGCCCGCAGUGAGGGCUACUACAAAAUCGACAAGAAAGACAAAAUGAAAUAUCUGAACAGCUCACGCCUGCAGUCAGAAGAGCCUGAUAUGGACACUCAGGGGAAGAGUAUUCCAGCACAGCCCCAAGCGUCCUCUAGGGCAGGUUCGGAGCGGCGAUCUGAACAGCGACGCCUGCUCUCAUCCUUCAGUUGUGAUAGUGACCUCCUCAAGUUCAACCAGCUUAAGUUCCGUAAAAAGAAGAUCCGGUUCUGCAGAAGUCACAUUCAUGAUUGGGGAUUGUUUGCCAUGGAACCUAUUGCUGCUGAUGAGAUGGUUAUUGAAUACGUUGGCCAGAAUAUUCGACAGGUUAUUGCAGACAUGCGAGAGAAGCGCUACGAAGAAGAGGGCAUUGGCAGUAGCUACAUGUUCCGUGUGGAUCACGAUACCAUUAUAGACGCAACCAAAUGUGGCAACUUCGCCCGCUUCAUCAAUCACAGUUGCAAUCCAAACUGUUAUGCCAAGGUCAUCACUGUGGAGUCACAGAAAAAGAUUGUCAUCUACUCCCGGCAGCCAAUAAAUGUUAACGAGGAGAUCACCUACGAUUACAAGUUCCCCAUCGAGGACGAGAAGAUACCAUGCCUCUGUGGUGCAGAGAACUGCAGGGGAACCUUAAAUUAACCCCAGCUGGAUAGGUGAGAUCUAACUUAAAAAUAUACACUGCCCCGAAAGCGCAGACGCCCAGUCUUCUGGAGACAUCAUGCCAAAACGCAGGGAGCUACAGAGGAACUAGUGGGUGUAAUACAACACAUCCACUGAAUUAACAUUGUGCAGCUAAGUGUCUGGAACUUCUUUUUGUACCUUUUCACGAUUGUUUACGAUUUACAGGUGCUCAAGCAUAAAAAAAAAAAAAACGUUUUUCUACCACUCUUCCAUUGACCUCUGUAUGUAUGAAAAUACCAUAUUUAUCCCAAAAUGUUUGGGCACUAGGUUUGCUGUCCGCCUGUUUGGCACACUUUGUCUGUCCCGUGGAGAUCAUGGUCUGUGUCAGUCCAAUUUUCCUCUGCGGUUUGGUUAUGGAGAGACCACCCUGUCCUUGAACAUUAACCCCGAACACUUUAAGCUGCUUGUAUCUGUCCAACAUGCACAAAACUCACUGUUUGAAUUUGAAAUCCUUUUUUAAUAUCUUCUCUGCCCAUGUACUCCCGCUAAACUGUAGAUCCAUUCUCUACGAAACAAGCUUACUUGGAUAUUCACAACAAAAAAUUCUGCUACCAGGAAAGAUUUCUCCAGGUUUAGCAUUGUGACACUAACCAAUGUUGGGGGAACUGGGUCAAUUGUCUUCAGUUACAGCUCAACAAUAGCACACCUGCGUCAGCCACAAAACAAAUUAGUAGACAAGGUCCAAAGCUCAGGCAAAUUUACACAAAGUGAAACGAUCUCAUCACAGUACUUGAGCCAGCGCUUUGUAUGGCAUCUACCGAAUAGAGCUUUUCAGAGGAUCAAAAGCAAACCAAACAAUACACUACAUUUAUUCUCUCAUUUAUUCCAUUAUAACGUUGUAUCCAAUAUUGUUCUUCACAUUUAAGUGUGUGCACUGCCUCCUAGCGUCUUCAAGGUGUAAAGACAGAAAGCUGCUUUAAUACACGUUACAAUUUCCUAACACUCAAGGUGGAAAGCUUAUUACUAAUUCUGCAUCAUUUUAUGUCAGCUCACUAUGGUUUUCAUUUAAUAGAUGUGGAGGUUCAAUUGGCUUCAUAGUCAUCUAUUCUGAUUCUGAUUCACAUGGGAAUUCUCACCAAUGUUGACAGUACGAUGCUGCUAUUCUGCAAUACUGCAAACUUGUGUUGCUUUUUCAUGAAACCUCCUACGUUCCCUACCAAUUCACCUGCACUGGUUUCAGGUCAGUUAGUGGGUAAAUCUCAUGAAAACACGUCCAAGUCAUAUUUCACCCACAAGAAAAAUAAAUGAAAUUACAUUUAUCAUAAAAAAAAUUAGGCCAAAUUUGAGAACCAUUAGGAUUUUAGCAUUAUCAUUAUUUAAAUGGCAAUCAAGCACCCACCCCCCACCCUUGACGUUUCCAAGUAAUUCACAUUAUUCUCAAUGAUAAUUCCCAUUGCUCCAAUACAAUGAUUUAAAACAACAACACAUUUUUUUUUUUUAUAAAUUAAAGGCAAGACAACAAAAUACCAUGAUGUACAAAUUCAUUACAAUUUCAUUAAUUGAAGGAAUGUUCCAGCUUUGAUACAAGUUCAUAUCAAUCGACAGCAUUUGUGGCAUAUUGAUUCAAAAAUUCAAUUUGACUUGUCCCUCCUUUUCUUAAAAAAAAAAGCACAAAUUUUGUUUACUGUGAGGCACUUACAAUGGAAAUGAAGGUUGGGGCAAUUUUUUUUUACAUUAAAAUACUCACUUUUUCAAAAGUAUAGUCACAAGUAGGUAUGUAAACAUGAUUUUACUGUGAUAAAAUUGCUAACAUUUUCUGUGCAAAGUUGGAGCCAAUUUUGCAACUUUGUUGUCAUGAUGAUGUAAUAUCAACAAACCCUUAACACCUAAAACAGCUGUAAAAAUUACAAUAUAAACAACUUAACAGCUCAAAUAAUAUAUCAGUUUUAACAGAAGAAUUAAUGGAAUUGUUUUUUAUCAAAUUAUAAAAUUCAUAUUUCUGCCUUUAAACCCUCCAAAAAUUGGAUCCACUCACUUCCAUUCUAUGUGCCUCACUGUAUCCUCGAUUUUUGCUUUUUUUUAAAGAAAAGGAGGGAUGAGACAAAAUAAGUUUUUGUGGUAAUCAACAUUAUACCACAAAUGCUGUUGAUUUUAGCUGAACUUGUAUUGAACGUAAAAUAUCUUUAUGGUCCUAAUAAAUAAAUAAAUAUAUAUAUAUAUAGAUAUAUAUAUAUAUAUAAUUUUUACCCAGACAUGUUACAUGAGAUUCACCCUAGUGUAUGACUCUGGUACUCAUAGUAUUAAGUGUUAUUAAAUGUGUGCAUUGAUUGUACAUUUAUUUAUAAUCUCACACUUUAAACGAUGCUUUACUAAUAAUCUAGUUAAACGCAACUUCAGACAUAAGUAUUUAGUACAAUCAAGGCCCUGGAGUAUUAAGUUUGUCAGUGCUUUGAGAGCUGCUCAGUUUGAAGUCAACCUGAAAUCGUCUGAUGUGGACCCUGAAGAUUUGAAGAUCAAGGAGUCAAACACGGUGCCAAAUAUGUACUUUGGGAACUUAAAGUGUCACUCUAAAGGCAGCCUGUUUUCACUUGUUUCCACUCAAGUCUGUAUCUGUAAAUGGUAUCUAAAAACUCUCCACUGGUACUUAGGGUGAUCUAUUGAGGUCCUUUUGCAUAUUGCUCAGUAUUUAACCAUCAAAAUGUGUUUAAAGAGCCAUUACAGCCAAAUGUCUACUCCAAAGGACUUUCUGAUGUGCAAGGCAGCAUCUGGAUACUGUGCUGUCCGUGUUUGAUUUGCUCAUGUUUAUAAAUGCACUAGAAGCUACCACCCCCCAUCAAUCCAACCGGCACUCACAAGAGCAAGCUAUUAAUCACGUCCUUUAAAUUAGAUCACUCACAGGGUAAGGUCUCCCGUUUUUUGGUUUUCUUUCUUUUAAAUAUGUUUAUAUUGUACAGGAUAUGAUCAUUUGUAUAAAGGAAUGAGGCUUUUUUUUAUCUGGAUGGGGAGUGAUGCAUCGUUCUUCUUUUAUGAGCGACAAAUGGAGUAUUUAAAAUGACUAUUUUUCAGGGAACAUUCUAUGAUAUAAAAAGGGGUUGAAUAGCUAAUUUAAGGAAAAUGAUGCAUCUUGUAUAUAAAACAGAUUUGUACUUCCUUUUGAAAGAUUGUUUCUUGUAGAAACGUCUUUUUUCUGCCCAUUUUCCUUUGGAUUAUUAUGUGUAAAUACUUUAACUGUGAAUAUAUAAAUAUAAAUAUAUAUAUAUUUUUGGUCCUGAGGAUUUGCUACAGCAUCACGGCUCGGAAAGGUCUAUUUGACAGUGCGUGCAGAGAGCUGGUGGCAGUAUUUUCAGCUUGUGUCAAGCUUUAUUUUUUAUUUUCUGUUGUAAAUUCUAUGAAAAUCUGUUUGCAGUGUGGGGGAAAAGCAUUAUUCAGAAAUGGCAAGGGACAUUGGUGAAAUCUACUUAUACCCCCUUGUCUAUUUAUUAUACCACAAAUGUAUGGAAAAAGAUCAUGGAAAA